AUGGCCUCCAAACAAAUCACUAUCUCUCCCUAUGUUAACAUCAACGAGAUCAAUCCUGCGCUGGAUCACUACAAGAUCAGGGUUCGUGUGAUAAGACUUUGGAAAGCAUUCAAAUCACUGCAGAUGGUUUUAGUCGAUAGGGAGGGAACAAGGAUUCACGCGUCUAUUGAGGAUGCAUUGGUGAAGAAAUUUCAUAACCAAAUCAAUGUUGGUGAAUCGAAAAUAAUCGAUACUUUCAGCUUGGUGGAUUAUGACGGUGAUUACAGGACAAGUGCUUUGGGAUUUAAGAUUGUGUUCUAUAGAACUACCACAAUUAAACCAUAUGAUGAUUUUCCAGCACGAGUUCCUGAAAACUACUUUCAAGAAUUUUCAACUAUAUUGGCUGGAAAAAUAGAUAAACGAGUAUUAUUUGAUGUGGUGGGCCAAAUUGCUGGUGUUGGUUCUCUUGAUAACGUAAAAACUAAGGGAAAGGACAAUGUGAAGAUAAGUUUUGACUUACAAGAUUUAAGGUUACCAAACACUAGCGUUGUUGACUUGGUUCAAAAUGAGGAUGAAGCUAAGAAUACACAGCCAAAAUUAACUUUGUAUGAGGAGUUUUUCAUGAAAAAUGAAAAGAAGACUAUCGACGAAAUACUAUAUUCAUUCGAGGUACGUACAUGUGUCACAAUUGGAACGAUCCGUUCGGUCGAGAUAGUGCCUAAGUGGUAUUACAUUGCAUGCAAAGAAUGUAGAAAGAAGGUUCAAGCAUAUCCACUAGAGUCUGAUAAGGGGAAAAACGUCUAUAUAGUUGUGGUGUUUGCGAUGACGAUGUCAAAGAAGUUGAUUACAAGUAUAAGCUCAUAUUACACGUUUCGUAUGGAACUUCUCCAAAGAUUAAGCUGCUUUUUUUAUGGUCUAGCCCAGAUUUUUGUUGGUAAAAAAGCUGAUGAUUUGGUUUCCCAAAUAGCCGAGGACGAUCUUAGCAUCUUGCCCGUUUCUCUUUCUGCUCUGAUUGGGAAGACCAUGCUCUUCAAGAUUUCUAUCACUAAUGAUAAUUUGAAGAGUGACAAGGCUUCUUAUGUUGUUGAAAAGUUUUGGGAAAAAGAGGACAUGGUAAACCAGUUUGUCAAGGAAACUUACGGUAAAGUUAAUGAUAAUCACCAAGAACUAGAACCAGCUGAACAAAUUCUACAACUUACGUCGGAAGAAACAACAUCAUUUUCGUCGAAGAGGGAGUUGUCCGGACUCAAUGAAGAAGUUGUACGAGGUCAUAACAUGACUACUAGGAAAGAAGAUCAAGAUUGA